CAAGGACAGCUGCAUGGAGCUGGGGCCACCAGCACAGCCCCCAUGUCACACGUGUCAUUGUCCUGCAAGGACAGCUGCAUGGAGCUGGGGCCACCAGCACAGCCCCCAUGUCACACGUGUCACUGGGGGCUCCAGCACGGUCCCUCCUCACAGGUGUCACCAUCCUGCAAGGUCUGGGGGCUCCAGCACGGUCCCUCCUCACAGGUGUCAUUGUCCUGCAAGGUCUGGGGGCUCCAGCACGGCCCCUCCUCACAGGUGUCACUGUCCUGCAAGGUCUGGGGGCUCCAGCACAGCCCCUCCUCACAGGUGUCACCAUCCUGCAAGGUCUGGGGGCUCCAGCACGGUCCCUCCUCACAGGUGUCAUUGUCCUGCAAGGUCUGGGGGCUCCAGCACGGUCCCUCCUCACAGGUGUCAUUGUCCUGCAAGGUCUGGGGGCUCCAGCACGGCCCCUCCUCACAGGUGUCACCAUCCUGCAAGGUCUGGGGGCUCCAGCACGGUCCCUCCUCACAGGUGUCACUGUCCUGCAAGGUCUGGGGGCUCCAGCACAGUCCCUCCUCACAGGUGUCAUUGUCCUGCAAGGUCUGGGGGCUCCAGCACGGUCCCUCCUCACAGGUGUCACCAUCCUGCAAGGUCUGGGGGCUCCAGCACGGUCCCUCCUCACAGGUGUCACUGUCCUGCAAGGUCUGGGGGCUCCAGCACGGUCCCUCCUCACAGGUGUCACUGUCCUGCAAGGUCUGGGGGCUCCAGCACGGUCCCCCCCGCCCGCUGGCCGUUCCCAGGGCUGUUCCUCAGCAGCUCCGUGGCGGAGCCGGGCCGGGCGCUCAGGCCCUGACACGAGGGAUGAGCUCAGCCCUGACUAACGCCACUGCCAGAGUCAGCAGGAGAAAUCCCACAGCACACCCACCCCACGGGCCCCACCUGCCCUGCACUGAUGCCCAUUUAAGGAGCAGCAGGGCUGGAGCUGGAGUCAGCACUAGCGAGGAAUUAAUUCCACUCCAGCUGAUCCCUGGGGAGAUUGCGUGGGAUCCCGGGAAGCAGCUCCCUGGCACAGGCACAGAGCUGGGCACAGCCAUCCACCAGCCCAGGAACAGCCAGCAAACAGCCUGGGAGAAGCAGCUGGAGGAGUCUGGUUAGUCUGGAGAAGAAAAGACUGAAUAAAAAGCUGGAAAAAGGAGGGAACAAAGCGCUCCCUGUGCCCCCUGUUGCCAGGAGAAACGAAUGGGGUGGAAUUGCAGCAGGGGUUUGGACUCUGAGUGCAUUGUGGUGGAGGAAAGAACGGGAAUGGCUUGCCUGGGGACGUGUAAUGACACAGGUUUGGGAGAACAGGCCAGACAGGCGUCUGCCAGGGACAGGGGUGGGAUGGCCCCUGCCCUGCCCAGCUCUCCAGGAGCCUUUGUCACAAAAGCCAUUUUCCUCAGAGUGACAAAACUCCAGGGCAGGAGCGUGCGAGGUCAGCUCUUUGUGCAGCUCUGCACGUCACUCCCAGCACACAAACGGGGUCCCCAAGCUCUGCACAUCACUCCCAGCACACAAACGGGGUCCCCAGGCUCUGCACAUCACUCCCAGCACACAAACGGGGUCCCCAGGCUCUGUCACCCCAGCUCCCAGCACACAAACGGGGUCCCCAAGCUCUGCACGUCACUCCCAGCACACAAACGGGGUCCCCAAGCUCUGUCACCCCAGCUCCCAGCACACAAACAGGGUCCCCAAGCUCUGUCACCUCAGCUGUGCCUGUGUGCCAGGCAGCAGGGCAGGGUCUGCUGGGCAGCACCAGCCUCCCCUCUGCUCCCCCUCAGGUCAGACCCUUUGGGAUCCACCCCUAGGACCACCCUGAGCAGUUCUGGGGGCUCCAGGCCCCCCUGUGCCCGCCCCGAGGAGCUCAGUGCACCACGGGGUGAACAAUCUCAUUUAAAACUGCUUUUAACGAGCCAUUUAUCCAACUGAGAGGUUAAAAAUGAGCUCUGGGAGUGGGACCUGCCCUCACAGCUCCAACAGCUGAGCCUGCAUGGCGCUGGAAUAUUCC